CUAACCAAUAACGCCGUUUCUUGUGUAUUCAAACAUACAUCUACACAAGAAACGACGAUAUAUAUUCAUCUCCCCUUACCCGCACGCUUCAGUUGUUCGCAACGCCCCACCUACCGGCAUACUUCGUGACCCUGACGCGAUCAGACGGGGUCAAACUGCAUUGACGAGUGUGACGGUAUCUAUACACACUACUGUGUUGUGACGGCCGGUAGUGGUAGUAAGGGUGUGCUCCCCACGUGCUGUGACCGGCAUUGCGAUCCCCCGAGAACGAGAUAGCUGGCGUAAAAAAGGUGUCGAAAACCAGCUCUUGAUAAACCGUUAUCUCCACCCUUUAGCCCAUAGUGAUUUCAAACCAACCAUCAAGAGUUAUACUCGGGAUCUAAUGCUAAGAAGGUGGGACACCCAGCAUCUAGGCAACAUCAUGAAGAAUUCUACCAUGUUUUUCGAUGUUGCGUAUCAAGAACUUGCUUUUUUCCCAGAGGCCGAUCCCCGCACGGACGAAUGGCUUCUUAUGGACAGUCCUGGCAUAGUGCUGGCUAUCUGUGGGUUGUACUAUCUGGUGGUGUGGAAGGGUCCCCAGUGGAUGGAGCACCGGAAGCCGUUUGAGUUUCCUCGCCUCCUCUUCUGGUACAACGUCCUGCUUGUCUGCCUGUCAUUUUUCAUCAGCUACGAGUUCUUCGGUGUCGCAUAUCUAGACAACUACGCGCUGUUCGGCUGUCAGCCCGUAGUUAAAGGAAACUCCCCGCUAGCCAUGAGGAUGACAAAGAUUGCUUGGUGGUAUUUCUUCUCCAAGAUCAUCGAGUUCAUGGACAGUGUUAUCUUUAUUCUCCGGAAGAAGAACAACCAGCUGAGCUUCCUGCACGUGUACCAUCACGGCACCAUGCCUUUCUUCUGUUGGAUAUCGGCCAGAUACGUGCCUGGGGGAGCCAAGUUUGUAGCGGGGGGUUUGAACAGCGCCAUCCACGUGAUGAUGUACUCCUACUACGCCCUCGCCGCCAUGGGGCCAGAGAUACAGAAGUACUUGUGGUGGAAGAAGCACAUCACCAAGCUACAGAUUCUCCAGUUCUCCAUCGUGAUUCUCCAUUCUCUACGGGGAUUAUUUCUAAGGCCGUGUGCGUUCCCCAAACUUGUAAACCUUUUCGUCGUCUGCUACACGGGGACCUUUCUUUCCCUGUUUGCCAACUUCUAUCACACAGAGUACCUGAAGAAAAGACGGCAGCUCAAAGAGCAUAGACAAUAACCACACAGCGACAUGUACAAGGGCAGCCAUUGAUUGGGUAAUGACAUUGGGGCCCUUAAAUGGUCGCCCUGUGCAUACUCAGAGUUCAUCUACCUUUGAUCUCUCAGGUGGUGUGUGUGGGAAAGCGCCCUCAGAAAGGUCAGGUGAUGAUGUGAACUUCCGGUGGAUCUAAUCAUUGAAUCAUUGACAAGUAAUAUAUUCACAACUGAUACUCUAUUCUUCCAUAUACAGAGUGUUAAACUAACAACGCUCACUAAAUAUGUUCAUAUAUGAAAUCAUGGAUCAAAUUUAGUUAACGUGCUCCGAUCAGCAGAAUUGCUAGUUAGAAAACGCCUGACAGUGUUAGAAAUUCAAGUUUCUAUCAUUCAGGUAAAUGAAAGUGUAAUUUAAUUAAAAACCUCGGGGAGUACAACCCGCGAAGUCAGACAAAUGUGGUCAUUUGCCAAGGCAAUUGAAUUAACAGUUUAUCAUUUAAAAAAAAUAUAUUACGUCCAUUUGAUAUUUUUUUUAAUGAGAAUACUAAACAUUGAAUGAAUAAGUAAGCAUGUUAAAAUUUGUUUAAUUUUGUAAUCGAGAAAUCAUUGGAAUUUGUUGAUUCCGGAAGUAGAAUCAACGGGCUCAGAAGCACACCCUAGAAAUUCUACUUCCGCAAUAUACAGACUCGAGUGAUGUCUAUGUCUUAGACCGUAUUAUGGUUUAUAUAUAAUUUCUCUGUACUUCUGCAUAAUGACAUAUAGUUGCGUCAGUUUAUAAUGCAUGUUCAGAAUGGCCAAUGGAUUCCUGACUCAGGAAUCAACAGCAAUAACCACAGCAUGACGUCAUCAUAAGUGUUUAAUGGUUGAAGAAGUGAAAUACUUCUUUUAAGAGCUCUGUACUUGCUCAUAAGUAAUAUUCAGGCGACACAUUCAAAUGUUUGAGUUGGUGCGCUAGGAAUUGCCCCGGGGCUUACAUGCAUAACCACAGUCGCGAGGUUUACGUGCGAAAGUCUCAGGGAACACAUUUCACGUGCAUCUCGUGGAUCACACACUGUGUAACCUGUUCUCUUAAUCAAGGAUGUGUGUAUACCUGUGUAACAAUAUGUUAUUUUAACAUUUAGGUUACAUAACUCUUUACAUAGCACUCCGACCUUAGUGAUAGUUGAUAUUGUUUGUGAGGCUCAAGGUUUCAAGGGGUGUUUGCAAAACUCGGAAUACCAAAACGAACUCUAUACGAAACAAUGUACGGCACAGAAGCUAGGACGAGUCCAUGUCCACAAUCCGGUUCGUUGCAUACUUGCGUAAUCUGCUGAAGACUUCCUAACCGGUGUGCGAUUUUGUGGAUUCGAUGUGUGUUUGUUGUUUAACGCCGCACACAGCAAUAUUCCAGCUGCAUGUCUGGACCAGACAAUCUAGUGAUUGACAUCAUGAACAUCGAUCUAAGCAAUUGGGAUACGAUGACCUGCAUCAGCCAAGUCAGCGAUCCCGUUAGUCGCCUCUUACCACCAGCAUGGGUAGCUGAAGACCUAUUCUAACCCGGAUAUUCACGGGUUUGUGGAUUCGCCUACUCGUACAAAACAUACAUUGCAAAGGGUACAUUUGUCAAGUGUAUUCAGAUUUUGUUUAGGAUACAUUUCAGUGUACACAAAGGUACCUAAGGUACUGAAGUGUCCUAUACGACAACAGCCCCUUAAGCGUUACUUUGGGUCCACGUGCUGUAAUUUGGAGAUCGUCAUCGAGCCAUAGUACUAUGUUGUAAGAUCUUAAGUAACACGUGAUCUAAAAACGCAACAAUAUAAUUCGUUUUGAACACAAAUUUGCAGUUAAUCAUUUGGAAUAUAGGUAUCUCGCAAAACAAACAAUUACUUGAGUAAGCAUUUGUAAAAUGGCUCGAUGGCUAACUUUAAACGCGAUCAUUUUGUGACGUAGUUCAUUGGCUCAUAUUAUCACGUGACUAGGUUAUCAGGUGAUAGGAAAGACUUGAGUUGUGUUAUCAGAGAAUGAUCAUAUUAAGAAAUCUUCGUAAAAGCAGUAUGACGCACACGCUCGUAUAAUAAUAAUCUCUAUUUAUCAAUCACUGGUUUGUAUGGCCAACAUUCUAUUAUUUAUAAGCGUGAUUGAUGCAGCUGUGAUAUUGCUGACUUGCAGAAAAGAACCCCUAUAACAACAAACCAGUUGCUUUGUGUAGCUUUAAGUAUAUCAUAAAGUUUUAAUUCACUAUUAUAUUUUUGUGAAAAUGCACUUGUUGAAAGUGUUCCGGUGAUACAACCCUCCAUGGACGAUGCGCUGUAUGUCAUUUAGCUAAUUAGUACCAGACUUGAAUGUGUGUCCGCGAAAUACUUCCAUACUCCGGUUCCGUGAUGACAUAGUAAUACACCACUGCCACAGGCUAUUUUGCAUAUCACAUGACGGGUCACAUGUAGUGGUCACGUGAUAAUAAUUGUUCAUUUAUUGAAUAUGGCCAUGUGCUAUAAAUAUCAAUAGUUCCUAUAUUUAAUUUUUAUGCUGGCAUUACCUGACACGAUUCCAUAAGUUUUCAUGAUUCAAAGCUUUAUUUACAUCUAUGCAUAUAUAUGUUUUUAUUCCUACGUUCAUAAUGUUUAUUUAUGGUUUUUUUGGCGAAUAUAUUUCGAAUUAUAUUCUUGUUUCUUAUUUCAAUUUAAUACUUUUCUGGCUAUAGUGUGUGUCUGUUUGUGUUUGUAAAUCGUUGGAAUAAAAUUAAUGUCAUUAUACGAA